GGCAGAAAAAAGGCGCAGGCUCCUCAUAUGGCAUCUCAUAACAUAUCGGCAAAGACAGGUGACGUCUCGGGAGAAAUCUGUAUUAAAAAUAAAAUCUAGACUAAUAAUUCUUAUAGAUUGCAAUAAACAUACACAAGCGAGCCAUUGGAAUGGAGGAAGAUGAUCUCACAAAACAGGUUGAUGAGAUUGAAGCAAUGUCAGCCAUUUAUGGAGACGACUGGUGUGUGGUGGAUGAAAUCAGCAGGAUCUAUGCCAUUACAAUUUCAGAUGAAAAUAACAAAGAUUUAACAGUCAGGCUGCAGGUGCUUCUCCCCGAUGAGUAUCCAAGCAAAGUUUCUCCUGUAACCGAAUUAAGUGCGCCUUGGUUGUCUGGUAGUAAUAGAAUACUUCUGGAGUCCAACCUUGAGCAGGUUUGUACAGAAAACAUUGGAGAGAGUGUACUCUAUCUGGUGGUUGAACGGAUACAGGAAUUUCUCGCUGAAAAUUCCUCAAACAUCGAGGACAAGGAAAGUGAAAUUUCUUCGGCAAACAAAACGGAUGUUGAUGAGGAUACGGAUGUUCACACAGUUGACCAACUUGCCACUACACUUGAACAACUGCACACCAAAAUGGAAUCUGUAAGAAGCCAUGCUGCCAAAAGUAUAGAGUUGCCGCCACUUACACACGGUGACACCAUUACGGAUAGAAAGAGCACUUUUCAAGCACAUAUAGCAUUCCCUGUGGUAGAAGUAGAACAAGUCAAAUGUUUGCUUCAUAAACUGUGUGAAAACAAGAAAAUACAACAUGCCACUCAUAACAUUAUGGCUUACAGGAUAUACAAAGAGGAUCAUGAUUGUUUCAUUCAAGAUUGUGACGAUGAUGGAGAAACAGCAGCGGGUGGAAGACUUCUUCAUCUCUUGCAGAUUGUGGAUGCCAGGAAUGUAAUGGUGGUGGUUUCUCGAUGGUACGGAGGUAUUCUUCUUGGUCCCGAUAGAUUCAAACACAUCAACAAUGCCGCCAGGAGUAUACUCAACAGCUCAGGAUUUAUACAAAAUAAGGAUUCUACACAGAAGUCAAAGAAGACCAAGUCUAAACACAGAUGACAUUAACUGCUUUGUAAAAGCUUGCAAUUCAACAUAUACAUACUUGUGAUAUUGUAUAAUUUUAUUUUAGUAAUUGGUUCUUGUAGAAUGACACAACAGUGAAAAGAGAUAUGGUAUCCCUCUAUAAUGUUUCAUAUCGGCUAGUGGCUACAUUAUACCAACAAGUGGGUAUUGGAUUAGGAGAAUCUGACCCAUUCGAUUUAACACAUUGAUCACCAUGUUCAGGCGCGUAUCCAGCAUCAGAUCCUACAAAGCAUUUCAUGGGCCCAAUUGUCCGGGGACAAUAGUGACUCUAUUACGCUUGUGCAUGGGCCCUUACAUUUCCUUGUCACAGUUGAUGCUGGAUACGCUAGAGAUGUUUGGUAUGGGAAUAUUCCUGGGGGUGUUUCACAAAGAUUUAUAUGUGCCUUAAAGUUGGGCUUAGUGUCGAUGUACAUAUGAUAUUAAAUAUGAAGUCUCAUUGAUUUAUACGCAGAAGUGCGUGUGCUGUGAGCAUGAUUUGACCAGUGCAGUGAUGCCUUUUAUACCGUGCACAAGUGAGAAUUUUAGUGCGAUUUCUAUUAAAGUCAUGCUUACCUCUUUGUGAACACCCCCUGGAUAUGGAAAUGCUAGUUUACAAGUGACUGGCCAUUUUGAUUACGUUUUGAUUUCAGAUUCUGUUUCAUGUACAUGUGUACCAAUUUGAAACCUUGUAUGUCCUUGAUUGAACAAAAAAAAAAAAUUUAAUCCUUGCAUCUGGGUGACAUCUAACAAGCAUCCAUUUGUUUAAAAUAGGGUUACAUUUUCUUUAUUUUUUCUCAUCUUUUUGUAAAGAACAGGAUUUCAUAUUAACCAUGAAAAAUUUCUUAUUUUAUCUUAAUGUUUAAAAACUUUUUAUACCUUCUUAGAGGUAAUUUUUUUAGAACAAGAAGCUUUGAAUAAGAGUUAUAUGGCAAUUUAUGCACAUACACAAACUCCUUAAAGGGCAACCCCCCCAACAAAAUAUUGAUAUGAAUAAUAAUGAGAAAAAUCUGACAGGCAUUACACUUCAAAUUUUAUCAGAAUUGGAUGUAGUGGUAGUGGAUAUAAUUAAGAGAGUUAUGACAUUUUAAGUUUUCAUGUAAUUGUACAAAGACAAAGCAGUUAGGUGGAACGCUCCUCCUGGUUGAUAUUCAAUUGAGGGAACUGAUGACAUCUCCCACUCAUUAUUUCAUUUUUAUUUCAGUAUAAGAUAUAUAUAUAUAUAUAUAUUUUUAAGUUUCUCUUUGAUAUAAUGUGAAACAAAGUUUGAUUCCUCCCUGAACACACAGAAAUGCGAUGGUUAUAAUUUUUUGGUUAUUUGAUGAAAAGUUUCCUUAUUGUCAAAUCUGCAAUAAAGUGAAAAUAUUGUAUGAUUCAAACAAUAAAAUUCAAAAGAAAUUGUGAACGAAAAACAUCAUCCAGAUCUCUUUUGCAUAUCACUGUGUUGAGCAUACAACUGUUGUGUAAAAAAUAUCCAAAAUUUAAUGAGUAUUUUUUUUCCUUUGUAAAGUGCUGUGAUACAGUCAAUGUUAAGAGUACUAUAUCAAUACCAAUAUUGUAUGAUAUUGUUAUGAAAUCCUGAAAUGUCAUAACUUUUUCUUUCUUUUUUUUACAUCGGAUUUCAAUGAAAUUUUCAGCAUUAUGCUUGUUUGAUUUUCCUCUUUUUAUUCUAAUAAACUUUUUGCUGUGAUGAACCUGCCAUUUGACAUGCCACUUGUCUGAUGUUCCAUUGUUUCCCCACAGCAAGUCAUGUCAGAAGCCAAUUUCUUUUUUCCCAUUUUAAAGGUCAAGUCCACCCUGACAAAAACUAGAUUUGAAUAAAGAGAAACCAGAAUCAAACAGUUGAUGCUAAAAUUUGGAAGUAACAUAAGAAAGCAAAUACUUUUUUUUUCUUUUUUUUAACCAAACAAUUAUAUGUACAUCCUGGUUGAUAUGUAACUCAGUUAAAAUAUGCCAUACUUAAUCUUAUUAUGUGAAGCAAAGUUUGAUUUCUCCAUGAGCAUGUGCAAUAGCACUUUUAAUACCUUAUGUGAUUCAAUGAAGUACUUUCUAAUUGCCAAAUGUGCAAAAAUUGAAAAAUUAUGCAAUAAUUAUUCCACUGACUACAUGUACAUGACAGGCUUGGCAGUUAAUGAGAAAUCAGUGAAAAGGGCCCGGGGCAUGGGAACACCAGACCUUUAUAAUUCAUGUCUUGUUUCUAAACCAAAUAGUUAGUUGUGGAGUGUUGUAUGACAUAGCAUGCACUCUUAAUCAAAUUACCUCGGAGGUGUUGCAAGAUAACAUUUUCAAUCAACUGCAAAUAUCUACUGCAAUUUUACAAUUGAUAAAUCAUUCCCGGCUGUAGCGAAUCUGUUUUACGCUCCUUGUACAUUGUAGCAAGAAGCAGAUCAGGCUCCCGUUUCAUCAAGACUUGUUAUGGUAACAAAUGCACAAUUUAUAUAACACAUUUACCAUCAGCCAAUCAGAUUGAAGGAUUUCAGUAGCUCUUAACUGUUAUUGCAAAUUUGUUAUUGUAACAAGUUUUGUGAAACGGGGGCCCAGCAAUCAGUUGCAAAUUUGCAACCAGUUGCAAGACAUGAUCGAUUUGGGGGUCCUAUAUAGAUAAGUAAUUGUUUGUAAUUUUCUUGCAAUGCCCAGAUAGUUACAAUUGUAGAGUAGAGUGCAUAAGAUUUCUGCUUCUUCAAGCUUGGGAUCAAAUGAGACUGUAUACCACUUCUAUUUUUUUUAGCUCCUUGUUUGUAACAAUCUCUUGUUCUGUGAUGGUGCAAGUGCAGAAUUGUAGUGUAAGGAACGUGAAAUCAUAAGUGCAAUAAAUUUAGAUCCUCAAUAUAUUAUGAAUCUGUGUUCUGGGUGGUGUUUCAUGUAGCUGUAAGUUAAGUUGCAAAUUACCUUACGCCCAACUGAUGGCCUGAUUUCGGCUCCAAAAGCAGAUUAACAAUAUUUCUUACUCCCUUCAACUCAAGAUGGAAUCAGGGGUCUGUUAACAGAAUUCUUGAUGUCAACAAAAAUCUGAGUACCCAGUUUGUAAUUUGUCAUUGAUAAGGGUCAUGGGAAAUUAUCUCCCAUUGUGUUAAAACAAAGAAAUAUCUGGGGUAGAUCAUUUAACCCAAGAUCAAGUCACUAGUUAUGUGUAUUGCUUGCAUAACUUACUUUUUCUUGUGAAACAGCCCCCAGAAUGAAACAAGAUUUAUGAUUUUAAUUCAAAUCUUUUAUCUUGUAAGGUAUCUAAUUUUGACCCAUGCGUCAUUAUAUACUUUUAUUGCAGUAAAGUAUACAGCCAUGGGAGAUUAAUAUUUACUCUUGUUACUCAUAAUUUUGUCUUCCAGAAUUCUGUGAAUAAAAAAUAUAUUUCUAAUAAAUAAAAAUUGCUUGUAUUUGAGUCUUAUCGAACCUUUGUCCUGUUGUGUUCAUCAUACUGUGUGAAUUGGGAAGAAUAAUAAAGAAUAGUCCGCCAUGCAGUUAGUUUGAAAAAAACAUUGAUACAUGUAUGAUAGAUUGAACUAUUGAUCCGUGAAGCAUUUCACAAAAUUCACUAUGUGUUG